ACUACACUCUCCUUUGACUGGAUCUCUGGAUUUCUUCGUUAUCAACUUGCGUUUGGCAAAUCAUCAAGUGUUCUCGAAUCUAGCUACUUUCGCACAAAUUCAAGAUGGCCGACCGUUUCCCUUCUCUCGAGGACUUCGACUCUGGAGCGCAAACCGAUAUCAAAGAUGUUUCCGACGAGCCCUCCGCCGAGGAUUUCCUUGCCAGAGAAAAGGCUCUCCUAGGCGAUGAUGCGAAUCAGUUCACGACCAGUGAUGACGCAAACGUAUUGGCUGAGACUGGUGGAGACCUCUUGGGAGAGACCGCCGCUGCCGAAUCUUCAUUCGAAUCUCAAUUCCCAGACCUCGCCAACCCUGCCGCUGGCCUGGCAGGCGUGGAUGGGAACAUCAUGACCGGCCCUUCUGUGAGCUACAACUCCGGUUACCAAACAUAUGCAGCCGAUGAGGAGGAGCCAGAGGUCAUCAAGCAGUGGAGAGAGAGCCGAGACGCGCAGAUUGCGAAGCGGUCCGAGCAGUUCGCUGCUCAGCGAGAGGAGACGAUAAAGGAAGCUCAGCAGAACAUCGAUGACUUCUACGACAACUACAACUCCAAGAAAGAGAAAGGCAUUGCGCAGACACGUAAAGAGGCAGAGGAGUUCCUUGCGAACCGGGAGGAUACCGUUUCUGGUGGCACGAGCUGGGACCGCAUCGCAAAGCUGGUUGAUAUUAGCGGAAAGGGGGCCACUGGCGGAGCCGCCGGAUCUGGCAAGGAGCGUUUCCGUGAAAUGCUCAUGAGUCUGCGCAAGGACGAAAAGGCACCAGGCGCAACUGGCUACUGAUUUUUGAUAGACUGAAUUUACGACCAAUUUAGUGAUAUUACAGGGCUUGGGUCAACAGGCGAGGAAGGGCCGGAUAUCUGUUAUGCGACUUAUUUGAUUCGCAUUCUCUUUUUUUUCUUCUACCACGCAAAUAUUAUAUAGUGGCACAUGGGAAUAAUGGCUACGCAUAAUUGAAAGAAAGAAAACUUA